AUGCGGAGCACGCCGCUGGCCGAGGGCGAGCCCUGGCCUCGCCUCUGUCCCGCCGCCGAGCUCGGGGGGCUGCGGCGGCUGAGACGCAAACACGGCUGCAAAAGUUUCCGCGUGGAGCUCAAAGUGCUGAGCGGGCGCCGGUCGGGGCUCCGCGCACCCCCGGCUCCUCCGCCGCCUCCCCCGGCUCCGCCACCCGCUUGGGAACCGCGCGGAACCGCCGCGCUCGGAGCCGCCGCCAGCGCCUUCCCCGCCGCGCCGCCGCCUCCGCCGCCCCCCGCCGCCGCCCGCCCGCAGCCUCCGCCGCCGCCUCCCGCCGCCUCCCCGCGCCCGCGGCCGGGCGAGGCUGCCGGCGUCUCGCCGGAGAUCAAAGCCCUGCAGCAGACGCGGCGGCUGUUGGCCAACGCCCGGGAGAGGACCCGCGUCCACACCAUCAGCGCCGCCUUCGAGGCGCUGCGGAAGCAGGUUCCCUGCUAUUCUUAUGGUCAAAAGUUGUCCAAACUGGCCAUCUUGAGAAUAGCCUGUAACUAUAUCCUUUCCCUGGCCAGACUAGCAGACCUGGAUUACAGCGCUGACCACAGUAACAUGAGCUUCUCUGAAUGCGUGGAGCAGUGCACUAGGACCUUACAAGCAGAAGGAAGAUCUAAAAAAAGGAAGGAGUAAUAACAGGGAAGGGAGGAUUCAGAAGAGCUUCCAGCCAGUUACAUCUGUUCUUGGCAAAGAUUGCACAAUCCAGAUGAAGUCUGCAAGCAGCUUUUGUGCAGAAGCCCCUUUUCAAGAUGACAAUUGGCCAAGGAACUUUCUCAGUCUCUGGAACAGAAAGAAAAAGAAAAAAAAAAAGGACAAGGAUGCUUCUUAUUGUUUUUAAGCCAGCCACCUUUUAGUACGUGCAAUUUAUUUAGCACUUUUCCCUUUGCUUAACUGGGAAAUGUUCCCCUCUCAGCUCAUGUGUACAGUCAUUUUUUGUUGUUGCCGUUGUUGCUGUUGUGCCAAAGAUUUGAUGAAGCUUCUACACUGUGUCUUAUUUUUGCCUUAAUGUUAAAUCCUUGAGCCAAAGAGAAGUCAGAGACACCGUUCAGAUUGCAGCAAGUGGGCCAGCAGCUGUCAGGGACAGAUCUGAAUUUCGGAAUCCUUCUGCGAGGUCCCUCUUAGCUCUCCCAUCCCGCAGCCCUGCCACUAGCCUUUGGUGUGGCAAUGAGUGGGGACAUGGCACUGGGUGAUGAACCACCAUGUUGUCUUCUUCCUUGGAGCUGCUCCGUAGUUCCACCUCCUUGGCCAAUUCCUGAUGUUCCUGCGACAUCCACAGGGUAGGGAUACUGACGUGUAGGGAGAGCUGAAGCAGGAUCUAGGGUGUUGGGUUUUUGUUUGUUUGUAUUUUUAAUAAAGAAAAAAAAAUAAUAAGUAGCAGCUAAGCACCAUGUGAAGCAAUAAAAGAAAAUCAAAGGGAAGUUCAGCUAGGCAGAGUGGAACGCCGCAACACAGUUCUGCAAGCGUUUCAGUUUUGUGAGGUCAUUUUCAUGGGGUUUUCGACUGGUCAGAAACCCGUGUAAUGCAAAGGCAUUUGAAUCCUAUACUGUACCUUUCACUUCAAAUUGAAGUAAAAAGAAAGAAAAAAUGGAGAAACAUUUGCUUGGAGUAAGCAGACUUUAUAGGUAAUGCAGUUCGUGUGCUAAUGAUGGGGGACAAAGCUCUGUGUUCAAGAAUAUGGGUUUCCAAGCUCAGGAGAUUGACAUAUUUUGUUUCAAGUAAGGGGAAAGGUUAUAUUUGCAAGUCCCGGUUCAAAUCCUAGUUACAGCAGCAUAAAUCAGGUUCCUGGGUGCCUGAAGCUGGCCAGGAACUGGGAGGGCUGGGACUGGCACCAAAGUGUCCCAUCGAGCAUCUGUAGGAUCUGCAUCAGCGGGGAGGAAAUUCUCCAUUCACCACAUCCUCCACCCAGCAUUGACGCCAGACUUGAGCUCCUCACUGGCUGCCCGUUUAUUUCCCUUUUAAAGCACAGGGGAGCACUGAGCAUGCAAAACCUGAGCUUGCAUGAUCAGUGUCUGUGGGUCUGGGGGGGCGUCUCUGCCACAUCUCCUGGCUGAGGCAGGGAAGAGAGGUCCUGCAGAGGAUGCUCAAGACUUUUUUCUAUGUGAGUUCUGGGCACAUGGGAUAAUGGUGUCCAGACCCCGAGGUUUUCAUUAUACUGCUCAUCACCCCCCACCCUCACCGCUGUUCAUUAUUAGCAGCCCAAUAAAUACAUUUUUAGAUUGA